AUGGUCGGUAUAAACCGAUUUCCGACCCGUUCCAGCAGAGCAAAAUCCUCCGUACAGAGCUCACAAUGCCGGCUCGGAUCCCUCCACGCUUCCCGCCACGCUCAUCCUCCUUCUACCAGCGUAGCUCCGCCCAGUCGCACGUGCACGUCCGCUGCUACGUCAUCGCAGCCGCUCUUCUAA